AUGGGUUGUGUUUGUGGUAUGUUUGGACACUAUACAGAAGCAGAUAUUGAAACGGAAAUUGCAAAUUUCACACCUCGUUUACCCGUAGCCGAACUUAUGAACGGUGGAAUUAUCAAACUUCAAGGUGCUAAUGGAUUUUUCAAUCCGAAUUCUCUUCUUGAUUCUACUUGGUUAAAAGGUAAAAUGACACCAGAAGAAUAUUACCAAGCAAUCGAUUAUAUCAACAAAUGCACGGGUAAAUCUCAAGUUGGCCUGAGUAAGGUAUUUUCCGUAUCCGAACGACCAAUGCGUGCACAACUACGGAGUCAAGCUGGCUUAGCGGCAGUAGAAGAAAUCAAUAAACAAUAUCCAACAGUUCGUUUUACUUAUCAACAAACAGCCCAAGAUAUGCAAAUAAAUACAUCAUAUAGUACAGAUCCUGCAAUGCGUUUUGCACAACAACGCGGAAAUACCAUAGCGCAUCCAGCUGUAUUAUAUGUUUGGUCUGGACAAGAUGUUUCCGUAUCAAAUGCUGCUGAUUUUGUUGCUGUAGUCGACUUUAACGAAAGUUCUUCUACUUAUGGACAGAUUCUCAAAAUCGUAUCGCUUGUUUCCAAUUCUUCCAACGGAAUCGAACAAACAAGAAAUGAACCACAUCAUUCUGCUAUUUCAUCCGAUGGAACAUAUUAUAUUUCCGGUGGUUUACUGAGUUUUCUUUCGAAACAAAAAGAAAUAUUUGUCUGGCGUGUUCCUCAGAAUGUUCAGGAUGGACCACAAUUUUUAUAUGCAAUGGACAUACCUGGUGCAUGUCCAGACGAAUUUUUAGCUAUCGGUGGUGCGAAAUUUCUCUUGACUAUGAUGUGUAAUGAGAGUGGAGUUAGUCCUGGUAAUAUGCAACGGAUUGAUGCUGAGUCUGCUAAUGCAACAUCAUUUCUCAAUAAUGCUUCGACCUUCGUUAAUUUUAAUCCUCACGGAUUUACUCGUCUGAAUGAUAAAUCUCUAUUCAUGGCAGAUUACAUUCAACCUGUUACAUUAUUUGGCAAUGAUUCUUCGAGGAUAUUAUUUCGUAGUACUGUUCGGUAUUUCUCAGCAGAUGGAAAUUUAGAACGUACAUUUCAAUUUAAUGUUUCCACUGAAUCUAGAGAAACCAGUGGAGUUGGACAAGGAAUUGGUUUUAUGGAUGUUAAAAGUAUUCCAAAUGAUCCAUAUGGCCGUGCAUAUUCAUGUGGUACGAAUGAUAACAUAUUAUAUUUGAUUGGACCAAGCAUAGCUGAACCUCUGCCGGUUUUUGAUAUUUCAGCAGUUAAUAAUUAUGUAAAACGAAUCAGUGCAGGACUCAUUUCAAUAUCUUCUGAUGGUAUGCGAUUGUUAAUGACAUUUCAAAUGCGAUUUAUUAUUUUAUUUAAUAUAACACAACCCGAACAUCCAGAAAUUCUUAAUUUAUUUGACUUUUGCUAUGAUCAGGCACUUGAUAGUGUGCCGAUUUUAAAUCCUGAUACAAAUGAAACAACUACUUUUCGUCAAUAUUGUGCAAAUAAUGAUAAUAUAACAGGUUCUCAUGUAAUUUUACAUCCAAAUGGAGAAAAUCGAUUUCUUGUGGUGAAUUAUUUUCUCAAACUUGGUCUUGCUCAAUUUGCUGGCACACGAUCAGUACAUGUAUUUAAACUUAAUGAACAAUUGACAAAUUUUACAUAUGAGUUUCGAUUCAAUCCCAAUUUUCAAUUUAAUUAUACGUCUCAACAGCAACGCUCAACAUUUCAUUCACUCAAAGCAUAUCCACAUCAUGUUCAAUAUUUACAAUUAAAAAACUAA